AUCCGCCUCAGCGCGCUCUCUCUCUCACUUCAGCCUGACACGUUUCGCCUUUUUGUUUGCUGUGAGACGGUCAUAUGUCUCAGACAGUGUUUGAAUUCACUCUGUCUGCUCCACCUGAACGGCGCGGAGAGUGACUGUAACUUUGCCUCUACUGUUGUAUUAUACUGAGCGUUUCUGGGUUAGCCGUGUAAACUUGAGCGUAUCGGUGUCUCCGGUUCAGCACCACUGACCGCUGAACAGCUCUUCUGGCAUUGAGGAAUUACACGCGUCCGCGAACUUCGACUGUUAAAUACUUGGGACAGUUGAACUUGUUCAGUGAUGGAGUGCUCGGCUCUGAGCAGGGAAGGCGCUGGUCUGGCCAAACCGCCCAAGCAUCUCUGGAGGCAGCCCCGAACCCACAUCCGAAUCAAGCAGCGGUACCACUCCGACACCGAGCGGUACCUGUGCUGUAACCGAGCCACGGAGAAGCACCGCCCAAGUCUGAAAAAACCACGAAUGUCCUGGCCGUCUUCUUUCAAUAAACGUUUUGAUGUGGAAAAUGGGUUGUCGAUCGGGCGCAGUCCAUUGGACCCCAGUCCAAGCUCGGGUCUGGUCCUCCAGGCCAACAGCCAGAGGCGAGAGUCUUUCCUUUACCGCUCGGACUCAGAUUUCGACCUCUCGCCCAAGACGAUGUCCAGAAACUCCUCAACCGCCAGCGAGCUUCAUGGGGAGGACAUGAUUGUAACGCCGUUUGCUCAGGUUCUUGCCAGUCUGCGUACAGUGAGGGGUAACGUUGCAGCUUUAACCCACAUGCAAGAUAGAAACAACAAGAGACUGUCAGGCACUAACCCUCAGUCGGCCUGUAAAACAAGCCUGUCCGAUGAGGCAUAUCAGAAACUGGCCGUCGAGACUCUUGAAGAGCUGGACUGGUGUUUGGACCAGCUAGAGACCCUGCAAACACGUCACUCCGUCAGUGAAAUGGCCUCCAAUAAGUUUAAAAGAAUGCUCAACAGGGAACUAACUCAGCUGUCAGGGACCAGCCGGUCAGGAAACCAGGUGUCAGAGUUCAUAGCAAGCACAAUUUUACAAAAACAGAAUGAUGUGGAGAUUUUGUCAGCAGCGUGUAAGGAGGAGAAAAAACGCCGUCCGAUGUCUCAGAUAAGUGGAGUGAGAAAACUGAGUCCCACUCCGAGUCUCCCUCCAACAUCCAUCCCUCGAUUUGGUGUCAACACACAACAUGAGAGCCUCCUGGCCAAGGAGCUUGAGGACAUCAAUCGUUGGGGUAUAGAUAUUUUUAAGAUAGCAGAGUAUUCUGGGAAUCGGCCACUGACGGUCAUAAUGUACACCGUUUUUCAGGAGCGAGAUUUGCUCAAGACCUUUAAGAUCCCAUCGGACACCUUCUUAACUUUCCUCAUGACUUUGGAAGAUCACUACCAUCCGGACGUGGCCUACCAUAACAAUAUCCACGCAGCAGAUGUUGUGCAGUCCACUCACGUUCUUCUCUCCACACCUGCCCUAGAGGAAGUGUUCACAGACCUUGAGAUCAUGGCUGCUCUGUUUGCGAGUGCUAUUCAUGAUGUGGACCAUCCAGGAGUGUCUAACCAGUUCCUUAUUAACACAAACUCUGAACUCGCUCUCAUGUAUAAUGAUGCCUCAGUGUUGGAGAAUCAUCACUUGGCUGUGGGCUUCAAGCUUCUCCAGGAGGAGAACUGUGAUAUCUUCCACAACCUCAGCAAGAAACAACGACAGUCCCUGCGACAGAUGACUAUAGAUAUGGUAUUAGCCACUGAUAUGUCCAAACACAUGAAUUUCCUGGCUGACCUGAAGACAAUGGUGGAAACUAAAAAAGUGACCAGUCUGGGAGUCUUGCUGCUGGACAACUACUCAGACCGGAUACAGGUGCUUCAGAAUAUGGUUCACUGUGCAGACCUCAGCAACCCCACGAAACCCCUGGAGCUCUACAGAGAGUGGACGGACCGCAUCAUGGUGGAGCUCUUCAGUCAGGGGGACCGUGAGCGUGACAAGGGCAUAGACAUCAGCCCCAUGUGUGACAAACACACAGCUUCGGUGGAAAAAACUCAGGUGGGGUUCAUCGAUUACAUUGUCCAUCCUCUAUGGGAGACAUGGGCUGAUCUGGUCCAUCCAGAUGCUCAGGACAUUCUAGAUACAUUAGAGGACAACCGCGAAUGGUAUCAGAGCAUGAUCCCACGCAGCCCCUCGCCCACCCCUGAAGAGCAGGACUCCCGGGCCACGCUGGGCGUCGCAGGCCCAGCCGGAGAAAAGUUCCAGUUUGAGCUGACUCUGGAGGAAGAGGACGGGGAGCUAGAGGCUGAAGAAGAGCAGACGGAUGCAGACAGAUCAAGGACUAUGACAGACCCCAGGCAUCCGCAAGCGCCCCCUGGCGGAGUCACGCCCAUUUUAGACAGCAGCGAAAGAGAACUAGACCAAGAAAUGACCAGCGUAUCCAUCUUGCAGUUGGAAACUUAACAAGGCCUAAUACUAAAAGUGCUACUUCACUUGUGUUUCUUAGUUGCACUUACGAAUAUUUUAGGGCUGAGUAGAACCGCCAUACACUAAAAACGAAAAACACAACAGACCCUAGGUUUAUCUGACCAAAUAAACCUGUGUUUUUAAGCUAUAUUUGUGUCCCAGACACAACCUUUUGUGAAAGCACUGAGGCCGAAGGUGUAGAUGAAUGUUUUCGUGCUCUCAUGUGAGAGUUGCAUGGAGAAACAUGAGUCUUCCCUUGAGUGACUGUCUGUGCCAACUGCAGAGGAAAGCUGAUUUACUCAUUAUGUGAAGGGUUUUCCUCUCGACUCUAGGAUAUUUAUUACCUUGAACCUUUUUAAUAACGGAUAACUUAUGCUUUUGCUUUUUUUGCCACUGAGAAAUAACUUAGUUGAAUGAAACGGGACAGCUGCGAGAAAUAUUUAAGGCAAGACACCACAGGUGAAUAGAGAAAAAAAAAUAACUAAUACUAAUAAUAACUAAUCACCAUACUUCCCCAGCUGAUUAAUCACUGUAGAUUAAUAAUAAUAAUAAUAAUAAUUUUGUAUUACAAGUUUUCUGAAAUGUUAUGUUAAAAUAUGUAAAUGAAGCAUUAUAUAAUUAAAAUCUGUACUCAUUUCCAGAAAAGAAAUCUGAACAUUGGUUCAAAAUUCAUUUUGUUGGCUUCAAAGGUUUUUUACAGAGGGGAUUUUGGAUUUCUCUUUUUAUCACUCCAUAAAUCAGAAAAUUCUGUCAACCGCCAUAAAAAAACUAAAAUAAAUAAAUAAUAAAUUCACUAUGAUUUUAGGAAUAAAAUGUUAUAUAAAUAAGGCGAAUGAUUGAUAGGAACCUCUCUGUAAAAACCUUAUAAAUCAACUUUAAAGCUUGGUGUAUAUACAUGAUGCUAAAGUGGAGAUUUCUGACUUUUAAGUAAAAGGCCUUUGAAAAUAUGCAUUGUAAUUGAAAUCUACAGACACAAAUAGAUAAUUAAUAUUAAUUUGUAUGUUUUCUUUCCACUAGUCUGAAAGAAGAAGCAGAAUUUACCAAAAAAAAAAAAAAAAGGUUUUGCUUGUAGUGUCUUGCCUUAAUAGGUUAGCCAUAACUUUGUGAUUGCUGAUAACCUCAGGAUAAUGUUGAUUUCAUUUUAAUGUAGCAAGACUCCAAAGUGCAGUCACUAAACUAUCUGUUUAUAAUCUUGUUUUGAACAAAAAAGAAAAAAUGUAAUCUAAAAGCCUAAAUAUUGGGCUCAUUAGACGACCGCACGGAGAAUCCCUUUAGACGCGUCUUUGUACUGAAAUACUUUUAUACCUCUUGACACAUUAGCACUAUGUAGACAUUAUGAUUACAGUAGGUUUAUAUUUUAUCUGAUUAAUUAUUCAACUGACAGUUCAUCAAGUGCUGACAGCUCUAAAUUUGACAUUUACGAGUGAAUCAGUGUUUUAUGUUGAUUUACUCUCCUGUGCCCAUGAUAGAGAUUGUAAAAUUGGCUGCCUCCACUGGGUGCUAUCAAGUGGUAAAGUGGAUCUGACAUCUUUCCCAGUUUUAUAGUUACCGUAGGUGGAUUUAAACAGGAAGUUCUGGUCUAGAUCAGCACGAACAACCCUUGCUCAGACGCGUGUCCACCUCACAUAAAGGGCUUAAGGUCCUGCUCUCAUAUUGUCAUCAGUUUCAGAGAUCUUUGCCUCAAAAUAUGCCAGAACCACGCAAUGAAAUUACAGAGGAAUUUGAAUUUCAUUUGAAAUAUGGUAAACUAAACUGCAUAAACCAAACUGUGGACAGAGAAAAUUGUGUAGAAUAAAUAAAUACAUAAAUAAAAGUUAUACAUUUGAAUUAGUUAAGAUUUACCAAAUGUAAAAUUACUAUUCUAUUCUUAAUUCUUUUAAUGGUUGGAAAUUGAGAUUAAUUACAAGAUUAUAUAUGAAUAAUUUCCAGAUAAUAUUAUGUGUUUUAUUUAUUUGGGGUUUGACCAAUCAGAAAAAGCUUGAGAAACUGGUUUUAAAACAAUUAUUUUUAUACGUAAUAGCCGAGAAAUUAAACACUUCACCUUUAGUAGGUUAAAAACAUGGAACUGUGAUACAUACAUUUUGUAAUUAAAAAUAAAUAAAUAAAUAAAUUCCCUCCUUAAGAGUAGUCAGCAGCGCUGAAGAGAACCUGUAGCCAGAUUGAUGUUAAAUGCUAAGAGUGUCACUUUAUCCAGUAGCCCUGGGCACACUCGUUCUCAGAGAUUAGAAAAGCCAGUGUAGAAAUCAAGAGCCUUAAAGCACAUCCCUUUAGUUUCAGUGCCAUUACAGCAGCGACUGUGAAACGUUUAUAGUGUCUGAAAUGAAUUUGCUGUAUGAUAUUACUGAACUGUGUCCACUUCUCUGUAAUAAUGUGUUUAUAAGCAUCCUCUGUAUGUUAGUAUUACUGACAUAGUCAAAGAUAUUUGUUUAUGGGUCGAGGUCUUGUAUGUUCCAGAUAAAGUUGGUUUAUCAGUG